AUGGCGUCGAAGAAGGCCGACUGGCAGGCCCUCGGGCUGAAGGUGAGAUUCCGCCCGGUCGCAAGUGAGGUGGGGUUCGACCCCUACGAUAAGGGCGACGCGCUCCCCAUCGUCGGCCUCAGUCUGAGACAGAAGAUGUGGGACAGGUGCGAAGAAUACGUUGAGGACGCGUUUGACUAUUAG